AUGGUGAAGAAAAUGUUGGCGGAUAUAAUUGGUCAAGCGGAACAAAAUUUUGGGUAGAUAACCAAACACUUUCGAAUAAUCCGGAUUUUUGGAAUGAUCCCGAAAUUUUUAAUCCAGAUAGAUUUUUAAGCAAAUCUGGUGCUACUUCUGAAGUACUAAGGAAAUCUUAUGCACCAUUCGAUGAUGGCCUUAGGAUUUGUCCUGGAAGAUUUUUGGCGACAAAUUUGGCGAAGACUUUGACUGUUCUAUUUUAUAGAAAAUACGACAUAAAAUUAGUCAAUUUUAAUGAAAAAAUAAAAUAUCAUCGUAGUACUUCAAAUCGG